AUGGCCAUCUCAUCAUUCCGGGCUGUGAAUCGCAUCAAUAUUGCCUUGCAUGACACCGAGCUGCGGGAAAACCGUACUCCUCCCUUGGCUAAUGACUUGAAGAAACAGAGCAUUAGGCUAAGGAAUCUCAAGGCCUUUGUCGUUGUUUCUGCCAGAAAGUUGGCCAAAGAUGGCCGCCGCUUGGAAUCUCUAUUGGCGAGGAUUGAAGAUGUUGUUUCCAGAUCUCCAACUGCUGCCCCUGUGACUUUAGUGACUGUGAUGGAAGCCCUUAGCGUGCAGAUCACAUUCCUGAAAAACUUCCUGCUUUUUGCUACUCAUACUGGUGUUGCAAACAAACAUCUUGAGAAUUUGUUGACACACUUUAAAGCUGUUGUGGUCAACGCGGCACCUCUGUUGAUCAAAAGCCCAGCUGAUGAGUUGAACAAAAACUGGUGUCAAGAAAUGCAGUCCAGGUGUUCGAUACUUAUCCAGAGAAUCAAGCCCAUUGAUCCUCAAAACUACUCCUAG